UCAGUUGAAAGCUUCCUCUCCGACGUUAACCAAAGAUCAAUCAUGAGCCUUACUCAGGAACUGCAGCAUAUAUUGGAAAAUUUGCGUAUUUCAGACAGUGAUCGCGCCAGCUACACUGCAGAUGCUGUACAAAUUCAAAAUUAUGUUAUUGAACAACUCAAGUUGGUAGACGAUAGUUUUCGCAGAGCUUUUGGUGGCCUUAGCCUUGCAGGAAGCUACUUGGACAGGGUGAAAUUGAAGACUCCUGAUGAAUUCGAUUUGCAUAUGGUGCUGAAACUACCAUUCCCAAUUACCCCCCAGAAGGACGAGAAAGGAUUCAUGUUCUUGUAUGCAAUCGACAAUCAUCAUCCCAUUGUUACCGACAAUUACAUAAAUCGAAAAGAGCUCCAAGAUUGGCUACGUGAAGCAUUCGAAAAGGUAUUCGACUCGGAGCUAAGUGUUCGUUGCAAGUCUGGAGAAGUAUAUGAACUAAUGUAUACGGCCAAGGGCUACGGAUGUGCCCACACCAUUGAAGCUGAAGGGAAGAACCGAAACAUAUCGUUCGAUUUAGUGCCAGCAUUUGAAUUCAAUUGGGCCCAGUGGCCGUUGGGCAAUCUAGCCCUUUACAACAGCCGCAAGAAGAAAAUACGCAAGUUCCCAUGGUUCGCUGUGCCGCAAUCCAAGCCGGGCUCAAAGGACGAUCGUACCUUUAUGGCAUGUGCCCCGCAUUGGGAACGCCAGCUAACGAUGGAUUUGAAUAACUUUAAAAAUGUUUUGCGCCUCAUGAAGGGAUUGCGCGACGCUCAUGCGGACGAUUUUCCCCAUUUGUCCAGUUACAUGCUGAAAUCGGUCUUGCUCCAACAAUUGGGAAAAGUCAACUGGAACACCGAUUUGGCAACUCUCUUCAUGAAGAUGUGGAACUGUUUGGUAGAGUGUCUUCUAAAUGGCAGACUGCAGUUCAUUUUGGCAAGAGAACAAAACAUUUUUGAUCGUAUGAGUCUUGGGGAACGCCACAAAUGCUACUCCACAGCUUCAAAAUUACUUUCGGAGCUUCUCUAUGCUCAGCAGAAUGGCAACUACGAUGAAAUUUCACAACUAUUUGACAUUUGAACACACGAUAAGAGUGCAUAAAUGUGCAUCAUUUAACAUUUUGUAUUUGUAUUGUAUGCCAGCUUCGUAUUUUUAUUCCAAAUAAAUUCAUAUCUAAUCAGGAA